AUGAGCGAAAAAAUCGGUGAUGUGGACAGUUCUCUUGAGGAUAAGGUCGAGGCUGCGAGCUCGGACAGCGAUGUCCUUUCUUUAGGUGAGGAGAGGACGAUAUUGGAACGAACUGCCCAGUCGACCAGCAACAGAUCGGGUCGUCGGUAAAAAGAUGUCCUUCUGCUCAUUCUGCAUAUCUAUUUAGCUAUUUAUUUGAUUAUUACUAUUAUAUAGACUUGUUAUUUUAAUAUCAUAUAUAUCGUAGCCUUUUGGAAGAGGUGACUCUUUGAAAAAGCAGCACACACGGUCUAAUUUUGGAAGAAAUAACAUCGUAGUAUGGUGCUCUAGCAACCGAACCAAGGGUUGUUGUUAGAGCUACAAACAUGCAAGAGUCACUGUUCUCCGUUAUUUUUCAAGUGAAAGUUCACCAUUGCGUAUUAGUUUCCACUAAAUUUUAAAUUCACCGGUUUCAUUUUGCGGGGGGAGAUAACUUAUAUUCUGGCGGACUUUGCAAACAAUAAAUAUCCAGUUUCGCCUAAGAAGGAUAUGAAUUAUAAAAAUGUAUUCCAUUGCUUUUGAAGAAGAUUACAAGUAAAGGUUUACUCAACUCCAAGUUUGUCUGUUUUAGACAAUCUUCCCUGGAUGAAUAUUUACGCGAAUCAAAGCCUGUUAGUCGCCCAUUUUCUACGAAAGAAACUUUUUGCCAUUAAUGUUUUCAGAGUUUUUGUUAAUUUUGACAAAUUACUGGACUGUACUUGAAAUAAUGCCUAGAGGUUUCUAAAUUUUUACUGUUUAAAGAUAAUUUUUUCUCCGCUUUUUGAGCAUGAAUAGAAAGCCAUAAAACAUCAAACAUUUUGAGAGACUAACGAAUACCUCUUUAUUAUUUAGCCUUGUGCAUAAGACAUCACUUACCUAAUUUUAAGCCAAAGGGAGGUUUUUCAAAUAAUACAGAAAAUCUUACUAAACGUUUCGCACCUCCAAAUGUAUUACAUUUGUUCUGAACAAGAUACAGUUAACGAAAAUCGAACGCAUUACUUUUAUAGGGAAUUGAGAAUUAUUUGCUUAAAUCCAAGGAAUCCCUUCACGAAAAACUUGAGAAGGUAAGUUGUAAAUUUCAUAUCGCUAUAUUCAAUCAUUCAUUUUAUGUUUGGCUUAUGAAACAGCGAUCUUUAAGUCUCCUUGCGCAACGGAAUGUGCUGUAAUCGUCAAAUUUAGGCUCGUGAAUCUUGAAUACGUUUGGGUUUAAGACCCUUGUACAUUUUCGUAAAGUUACACGUCAAAUUAAUUAUACAAAUCAAGUUUUGCGAGCACGAACGUGGAAAAGUAAAACAUCAAAACUGGCUGUCAGAGUAAUCAAGUAAACGGUAGUUGAAAUAAAAGGGGCAGACUGUUUUGAUUAUCUACAAGAUUCUUUCGUUUAAAGUCCCUUCCAUCUGGCAAGAUCCGAUUGCUAAAAAUUCCUGGCCUUUGAUUCAACAUUUAAUAAAACGGAAAUUUCUGUGCGUUAACAUCAGCCAAAUAUUUGUCAUUUAAUAUGCUAAUUUGCCCCAGGUAACUAAUGUUAGAGGUAUUUUAACUAACAUGAAUUAGUCUGUUAAGUUCAAAAGUUCGCUGACAGAAGUAACCACAAACAGGUUUCUUCAAUACACAUAAUGAAAUUCUCAAGCUACAGCAAUGCAUUAACGUAAAUAACCCUCGACCGACCUCGAAGUUCAAAGCUGAGUCGAAAUAAAUACAUACAGUGGGGAAAAAAGAUAAUUUAAACGUGCAAGUUAGAUCUUAGAUCUUCCAGACCCAUGUGCUGCUAAGUAAACAUUCGGAUAUCGAUGGAACCCAGGAAUAACUAUACUAGCAAACUCAACAGUGUAUGCGGCGGUCGGUCUCUCUGAGUAAUAAACUGCAACUCUAGGCUGUUAAUAGCUAAAAGAGUAUUACACUACUUUAGAUCCGGCGAGGACUUGGACAGACUCUUUAAAAGGGCUCUUCAGCAAUGUUUACAAGAUACUUAACAACUAGACUUUAAAGGAUUUGCGUAGGCGUCAGCCACAAUUUUCUGUAAGCACAAUGGAGCGACAAAUCAUAUAAAUUUAUUCGUUAAACAUCCUCUUCUAAUGAAAUCGUGUUUUAUGCCAGUAUAUUUCGAAGAGUAAGUACAUAUCUUGCAUUGAGACUGAGAAAAAAUUUGGAUAACGGCAUAGCCGCUUUCCUGUUAGGAAAUGAGAGAUAUACUCAUUUUAUCAAAGCGACCCUUCCGCACUGCAUAGUAGCCAGUCCAAGUGAGUCUUUCAAAACACUAGACAAAUAGUAAAAGAUCCUUGGUUAACUAAAAAUUCAAAAUAAAUGUUUUAAGUGCCAUUCCGUUGGUUAGAAAUAGCAAUUUACCUAAGGAAACGAACAGACCACCGUCAAAUGAGAAGACUUAAUUUUUAGAAGUUUAUUUAUUACCUUUUGGCCAAAAAUAGGUAAACAGGACAGUAUAACCAUAGUAACUUUUACAAAAUGUUCUUUAUACGCAUGAUAAGCGUACAAACCACACAAAUUAGCGUUAUGUUAAGUAUAGUGCACAGUCAAGUGCGUAAUGUAUGAUUAUGUGCCUCACAAGCGUUCGACGAGAAUCUGAUAUAGGACGUCAAGGCCGGCAAACAUACGCUUUAAAUUAUUCAUCGUCAAGCCUGUACGGUAAUAUAUGCGAGAGUAGAGCAGCAAAAGUUAAACAUUCGAUAAAAGUCGGUAUGGGGGAGAGAGGGUUGAGGGGCGUUCAGAAGUCAUGGGUCAGAGUCUAGUUCCGUCAGUGGUUUAGGGAGAGGAGGGAAAAGAUGUAUGCCAAUAAGCUCUUUUGUUUCAUAGCUGUAACGCGAGGUGGCAGGCAUGAACACAAAUGUCUGGUCUGUCUUUGCCUAGAGGAGCCUUAUCACUUGUACAAAAGCUUUAUGCGAGCACAAGGUCGGGUUGAUUGGCCACAUGGCCACAGCCUCUGCGUCGCAAGUAUCCGCUGACACAAGAACUUGGAGUGUCUCGCUGACACUUUAUACAUACUCGGUUGGUGUAUACCCGGUGGCCGCUGUCAAACAAGUGAGCCACGAUUGCGUUAGAGAUGUACGUUUCUGCACCUUGAUUUAGCCGGGCAGGAUUGUGCUCUCGCAUCCGCUUGCUAGGCGCCUGGUUGUUCGACCAAUAUAGCCUACCUCACAGGAGCAAGUGAAGGCGUAGAUGCACAUCGAAGAGGUUUUAACAGGCGGUCUAUCCUUACCUUCAAGGCGAAGAAAUGAAGUUCUUGUGCAUACUAGUCAUGUCCGAGCCGCUGGGUACGUGCGCCCGAUAAAAGCGUUUAACGACGAUGUAGCGGUUCGCUCGCCGACAUUGUGAGAAAUAACUCUUUCUUCUCAGUCGUCGAAAUUUCAGAUUUUGGAGGGCGAUCUUCCAUAUAUUUGUUGAUAAAACUUCCAGGAUAGCAGUUUUCCCUCAGUGUUUUGUAUAGUCGCGAGUUCAUUCUCAAGCGCAUCUGGUGUGCAUAUUCCCCUGGCUCGGUUUGUGAGGCAGCAGACCAAGCCCCAUUUCAGGCUUAACGGGACAAAACUGUGGACAUUUAUGUAUUGCCCUGUCCAUAAUUUCUUACGAUAUUCACUUCUGAUUUUUCCAUCCGUCAUUCGAUUAAGUAUGACGUCCAGAACGGGGAGACCCUUUUCGUUCUCUGUUUCGAAGGUAAAGGUCAACGCUGAGUGAACCUGAUUCACUUUAUACAGUAUAAUGUUCACAUCAUCUUUUCAUCCGCUAUUCAAAAAUGUCGAAUAAAAGCCAAUUCUCCGCUGCCCUUAAUGGAACAUUUAAAAGGCGCGAGGCCGAAGUUUUUCAGACUGAAUUUAUGGUUUAUUGUCAUCACCUUGCAUUAGUUUAGUUGGCUUUCGAGUAUGUGUGGUAGACAACAUAUACAGCAGGUCAAUGGCAUCCGAAAACUUCACCCACUUUAAUGACGAGCGAGUGAAAUGUCCAAAUUUCUAAGGCGCGUCGAAGAUCACCACUGUCUUCCUUGAUUUUGCAAUUUAACCUUCAGUUUUAGCAAAUUAACUUCCGACUAUUACCAAUGAGAUACAAAAAGCAUACCAGCAUUGAAGUUUUCACCUAAACUUGUCUACUUAGAAGCAUGUUCACAUUACUAUUCACAGGUAAAAGAAUAUGAAACUGAACAUCAACUGAUAGUAAGUUAUUUAUGUUUAAUAUCAACGUCAUUGGAUAGAAUGGUUUGAAUUUUUAAUCCUACGGUCUUAGAUUAGGUUGCAAUAAAAAAAACAAUCUAACAUCUCAAUGCCUUGAAAACGCAAAUAAUGUGUUGCCACGUCAGUGACACUUUUAAACAUCAUUUCUCUAUUGACUUAAAUUUAUCCUUUUAUCUUUUUUCUUAGGCCGCAAAACCGCCUUUGGCAUUAUAACAUCCUAGAUUUUAAGUACUUUUAUUUAAAUAUAAUGAAAUGUUUUCAAUGUGAAAAGUAUGUCUCUGAGGUUAACUCUCUAGAUUCAAUAGAACAGUCUAAUCGGAAGAUUAUAGUAAAAGAUAAGGACCUAAUCGAGUUUCGAAUCUGGCUUACUUAUUAUUUUUACUGUCAUAAAUUUGGCGUACGAUCUCGUGAGAAGGCUCAAAGCAUAAAGAAGUUUGGCUGAACUGCUUAAACAACCUUUUAAUUAUAGUAGAACUCACAUAUCGAAUUUAUAGAGAAUCAAUACUUGCGAAACGUUUAAAUACUUUGUAAUGGAAACCUUUAAAUUUAAACGGAAGUGCGUUACGCAAAUUAUAUUAAUUUGUUCAAAUUACCGUACACGUAGGCGUACUGGUGUUUAUUUUACAGGCCACCAUUGUAACCUAUAGCCUUUUUAUUUCAGAUGUCCUUUCUGUACACACGGAAAUGUUCGAAAUGUAAUGAAACCAACUAAUAAACUUGUCCAUAUUCAUGACUGCUGUAAAGAACUCAGGAGAAUUUUAAUUAAAAUUGGGCAAGUAGCAUUCGGUAUCACAUGCGAAUUGUAGCAGAUAACGGAUAUACGACAGACCUAAUAGGAUGUAAGCCCAAUUAAGUCAGAAUCAAUAAAAACAUAGGCAUCUAAUAAGCAGUAAACAACCUUUCACCUUGAACCAAAAUGUUGGAAUGCAAAUCAAACUUAAGGCUGGGCGUAAACCUAUCAAAAGAUCCGAUCCAGACAUAAUUCCCUAUUUAAAUACGCUUGAAAGUCGUUUUGGAAUAUUCACUCGACGAUUCACGAUUAUCUGACCUUCCUACGCAGCACUUUUAUAACGGAUAAGCGCCAGUCGGAGCUACCUCAGUAUGGCGUGGAUACUGGCAAUUCCGGUUUGACUAUAGAAGAUUACAAGAGUGCCAUCAACAGAUGUUAUUUCUGGCAAAUAUGCUUGCGUAUCAACUUUGUGUAUUUAAGCAUACUUUUUUGAAACUUUCCGACGGAUGAGUUACCCUAAACUGUUUUCUCUGUUAUAGACUGAAGAUGAUUAUGCAUCUGUCAGGGAAAGAAAACGAUUAGAGGUACCACUUCUGGCAAUAAUAAGGCUUUUGUUAUGCUCUUAUACUGAUGUUUCUUAUUUUAAACAUAGUUGACUAACUUGGAAGUUGAAACAAUAUCUGUUCUUAUCAUAACCAUCACUAUUACAUAACUAGUUUGUCGUCCAUGUGACGUUUAUAAUUCAAUGAAAGCUCAUAGUAGCACAUUAAUGAUAAUGGCUAAUGUUUACUUAACGGAAAAACGUUAUUUAUGCAUGGUCGUUUAUAAAUUAGUUUUAGACCCUUGCAAGGUACAGAAUAUCCCACAUUUAAAGCAAAAUAAACUGUCUACUUUGAACUUAUCGUUUGUACCUUUUAGAUUUGUUUGGCGCGAACGAAAAGGAAUGAGGUACGAGUUAUGCACGAAUUAAGAAAUGGAAAUUUGGGAAGCUGUUGAUUAACUAUGUGCCUCAAGUUCGGAAUAGCCGUUUUUGUUUUUUUUUAAAUUUAUUUAUAUCGUAAACAUUUAAUGAAAAUGUGCAAUACUAUUGAGUUACUAUUACGUGGCAAACUAGCUCAAAUGUCUUGGCAGAACAGUUCAUUAGGAGAGUCAUUAGGAGAGGAGUUUAUCAUACUGACAGCACAGGUACUAGCUAAAAGCCAAGACACGCACGUUUCGGGCUCUCGUGCAGCUGUGUGACUGCCUGUUUGCAGCUCGCAAAUAUUUCAUGGUUAUUCCGCAGAAGCCGAUGGAGUGAAGCUCGAAUACUCAUAUAUCAACUUCCGGAUUGGGGCUAAAAAGCUUCGUUCUGAAGGAGAUACUCCAUGUUCACAUAUCAAUUUCUUCGAAAAUUGUACGACGUAGAUGUACGUGUGUUAUGGAAGUCUUACUCUGUCUGUUCUUCAGUUAUACAACUAAUACCACUGUUAAAAACGAUCGCGUUUUAUAAUAUUUGUAAUUAUCGAAGUUUAUUUUCGUGGUGACAUAGAAAAACCCUCAGGGUCAUUUUUAAAAAAAAUACUUCCAAGUUCACAGCUUAAGACUUCUCCGGAAAACAUCAGUGGGCAUCUAGCAAAAUUAUAAUACUCCACUCCUAAAAUAUAUCUCAAUUUCUCCAUUCCCACUCGCUUUUUCAGUUACUAUUCAGGAAAAGUGUGCAAUGCCAAUUGCUAACAUUUAAAAAUGCCUUCAUCAGCCGACAAUAUUUCCCUUAAUUUAAUACCGUAAGACGGGGAAAUAGUUUUUGAAAUAAAAUAAUGAUAAUAUAAGAUGGCUAUUGUUCCUUGCAGAGCCCAGCUACUGGAAAAAAUAUAUCAGGCCACUGUUAUGUAGUGCCCUAACAGACGAAGUUAAUUCCUAUUCGAUAAGCACGGGUAGAGCAGCACCAAGAGGCAAUAAUAGCCAGUCAUUUUCCCUAAAAGCAUUUAAAAGUUUCCUAUCUUUCUUUGGAUAUGUAGAAUCUUUAUAUCAGAGUCUAUUGGAUUUCAUUUACUUUUGGUUCACAUUUUUGUUAAUGUUGGGGCCCAUUCGUAUGACUUCGUUCCCACAUGCGGAUAACGCUUAGUUUGAAUUCUGUACCGGAAGACUGCGUACUGAUUUCUCAAAGGUAGGCAAACAUCGGAUUCGCUGCGCUCUUUUUGUAGGAAAAGCAACGGGAAUCCACUGCUCGGGAAGUAUGCGAAAGGAGAAAAUCUUCUAGAUUACCGACGUCUCACCGAAAAGGCCUGGGUGUUCUUACAAGAGAGAAGAAAGCACGUCUCAAAGCAAGUGAUCUCCCAUAUUGCUAAAUAAAAGCAAAACUGUGGCUAACUUACCUAACAGCAUUAUCUUCUCUUUCGAUAAUUUUUCUUCCGAAAGGCGAAGUAACCAAAGGUGACACCUCGGUUUGCUGCAGUGUGCUUUAAAAUAAGGUUAAAUGCAUGGGCUCCCCAAGAUUACUAAAAGAUUUUACACACUUGGCGAAAGCUAGAAUGAAGGUUUUCGGCUCCUUUUGAUUGCACCCGUUUUGAAAAUAGUUUUUGUGCACUGUAUGACGACAUAUUUCAUUGAUAAUAACAGUUAACGACCUAAACCCAGCAAAAGGAUUCAAGAGAGCUUUCUAAACUAAAAGCGACCUUCUGAAUUGAAGCCUCCCGAGAGGACAGAUACACGGUGCUUAACACAGUCUCCAUAACUUUUCAAUAUUACUGUUGCUUUCUAGGCAGUAAAUACAAGCUUCGUGUUGUUUGUUUUAUGCAUGGCCCAAGUACGCGUCUUAGCUAGCUGCUCCCCAUAAGAGACUGAAUUUUCUAAAAAUGAAUAUAUUGGAGGUCCACUUGCAUCUUAUUUAUUCAGUUAAGUUAGUCUACGUAGAAUACGGUUUGACCAUAUUAGCCAUAAAUUCUGGGACUGAUAAUAAGAUAUACACUGUCAUUGUGUGCUUUGGAGAGAGAAAUGUCUCGUAAAGAUUUACGACCAUUACUUAGUGUGAAAACAAGUUGUGAAUAUUGCUUUGAAUCUACGACAUAAACGCUGAUGGUUAACUGUUUGAAAAACCGUUUCGCUUUUUCUUAAUCUAGCAAAUGAUUUUUCAAAGGGCAAAGGAUAAUUUGCGCAAGGAGCAGCGGGAGUUGUUGAUAGCAAAGGAAACCUACCUGCAGAAGAUGUGUCCACCCGUCGAUUUUGGAGAAUUGGAUGAUGGUAGGUACAGAAAUUAUGCAGAUUGUUAUUGCGCCUGGUUUCUGCGAGAGGCUCAUAUGCUCCAUUUAGGCACCUAGACUAGCAAAGUGCUCAGCAACUUCCGUUAUGCAUGGAAAAUGGCACUAGUGUUCAAACGAGUUAAAACCACUUUCGAUUUGCGAUUAGAGCAAAAUAAGUUACGGUCAUUGCUCGAAAGCGAAAUUAAAGUACCGUAUACACUCUAAACAGGAAAACGCUAGAUUUUAAGGGACCAAGGACUUGUGAGAGAGAAACUUGGAGUUUUGUGUGCUAUGCAAAGCAGAAAAAGUAUACAUCGAACUUUUCAGCAAAGGUGUCAAAACUGCUCUCAGUUACCAAAGUUGGCUUGUAUUAUUACGUUGCGUUUGGGAUCUUAAAGUACCAUAGCUGUCCAAAAAUGCGCAUUUGUAUAGGUUUCAUGACAGUGGGGUGUCCGCUAUCCUUAAAUCUCCAAAAGCAGCUGGCGUCCGUUUUGGGAACGCUUCAGUGUAUUUUAGUACAAAUUAAAGAAAAUCCUUAACCCCUGCAAUAAACAUAACAAAUAUAGUCAAAUCUACGCAAAAUUGUUUCUGAUUUUUUGAAAUUGUAAAUUCCAGUAACAGAGGCAAAUGGAAGUCAUUUGUGGAUGCUUAUGAAAAUGCAUUUCAAAACCUUGAGAAACGGACUAUGACCUAUACCUAAUAACAUAUAUUGGCAGUCAGCUUCUAUAAAUGUUUAUAUGGACUGAAUACUUCGUGUCCUUAUAAGAUCAUGUCAGCAUAUGUGAAGUUUUGGAAAAAGUAGAAAACGACUUUUUAUAUACAGCUCAGCCAAAAGGCAAUAAUUAUUUGUCGUUUCGGGAUCCAGAUCGUUGGAAAGCCUCAUUCAAUUUUGGUCAAGUAUUAUAGGCUAUACGUCAUAAGGGUUACGAUUUAAAUCUUUUUUUCUACCCUUGCUAAAGAGAAAACUUGGCCUAAUGACGGCGAAAGUUCGAGUCCUAAGUGCGUGUAUAAGUGAAGAAGAAUAAUGGUCGAACAUUGGAACAUUCUGUUUAUUGUUCUGAGCUUUCGAACGCGCGUCGCAGUCCAUCGUCAGGGCUAGUUACUGGGUUACUUAAUUGUCAGCCUCCAGCUAAGGAUUAAUAAAAGGAGUUCGAGCCAGUGUGUUUAUAAUUAACAAACCAAAGGCAAAAAGAGUCGGUUUACGAGUAGCAAAGGAUUUAUUCAGUUUCUUUUUUGACAGAGGCAACUGAAGCUGAUUUACGCUUCCAAACUUAAAAAUAUGAUGUAUGUAUGAAAUUUAAAGACAAAACAGGUGUACACCUCCUUUCAGUUGCCUUCAAAAUUCACACUCCGAAGAAUGAUUGCUUGCAAAGUAUGCGUUUCUGCUAUUACAUUCCGACGUCCUCAUAAAUUCAGUAUGUUUGUUUAAAAAAAACAUGCAUAGACAACUUCCUUGUACCCGUUUGUAGUCAAUCAUGUUUGCUCCACACUUUAUAUUCCAAGAAGGGUAUCUUUAGGUUUUAAUAAAGUUUCUAAUUAUGUGAUUUUCGGAGGGCUUCGUGUCUUUGCUUUUAUUAAUGCUCCCAAUGAAGUAUACGACAUAGCACAUAUCUAUUUCAAAAUUUUAUAAGCUGUACGCGGAAUCGUUUCGAUGACAUAGGGCAAUACGCGAUUUUCCUCACGCAGAAAAGGUACAACUUUUAGACUGGCAAUUUUAAUUAAAAAAACAGGCAAUGCUAUUUAAUCGAAAACGUAUUCCAGAAUUUCAGUUAAACGUUCUUGGGCUCGUUUGCUAAAUAUAAUCGUUAGCAACCACUAAAUCUGGGUUUUAAAAUACAUAGAUCUCUUUCAGCUGGCUAAUUUGAAUUUUGACGCAAAUUCCCGUAGCCCAUAUCCAUCUGGUUAACUGAGAGUGAGACAGAAAUUUGCAUAAUACUACUGGUAGUUUUGUGUCACUAGUCCCUAAACUCCAAAAUCCCCACAAAUGUACAGUUCAGACGUUUGUAAGUUAACAAAUGGCAUAGUACGACACAAACAUAGGAAUUCAUGGUAAUACAGGUGGUCUUGAGCAAACUGUAUGAGGGCUAAAUAUUUUCUAAUCAUAAUCAUAACCGAAAACUUUACAUUAGUGCAAACGAGAGACCUUGGAACUAGCUUUUUUCUCCGGAAAUUAGGGCAAGGUUCCCAAAAUAGUCGGAUUCUUGUUUAGGUCGUCUUGAAAGGCUUAAAUAGGACACUUCGAACCAUAAGGUAGUUCACAGGUGGAGGUAUUUUCUAGCCCACACCUGACAGAUUGCAAUUUUAACUAGUUCAAGGUUCAAGUUAAUAAACGUCACAGUAAAACAAUUAAACUUCGGUCGUCCUUAUCUUCCUACUAUUGCUCUUUCAAUAUUUUCGACAAAAACUGUUUUGAAAUCUGAAUAGACAAGUUAAAGACAGAUUAUUGCCUGAGACCAAAAACCUUCGUGGAUACAAAAAAUUUAAGAUGCCCUCCGUGAAACAGUGUUUAAACAUGGUUUACGUCGCACUUUUAAAAUGUUCUGAUUCAUUUGUCGACACAAUGUUUGGCUAACUGAUCCUUCAGCGGGACGCAGCAUUGCAACUAUCUAGCAAAUGGAUGCCUAAAGAAUUUGCUCUCAAAUGGACCAUGUGACCAUUCGAGUGGGUUCAUUUAUCUUUUCAGAUCAACUGAAGGAGAUAAUAAAAGGACUCAACGAACGAGUGGUCAGCCUUGAGUCCGACCGCUUAUAUUGGGAGGAAAAAGUUCGAGCGCAAGAAGAGGAGGUGAGAAAUAAAUUUCAACAUAAGCAUGGCCCUAUUUUGAAUAAUAAGCAACUGUUACCUUAAAUUUAGUGCAUUGAAAUCUUUUAGUUUUUCACUGACUUCAGUAAAAAUAAACGGUCGCGAAUUAAAGUCUUUAAACAACCGAACGAAAUACAUGGGUCUAACUUCAAAAUAUCCGGAAUCAUUCAAGAAGACCAGCUAUGAAAAGGUCUAUGCAGUAAUCAGUAUCUUAUUACCGACAAAGACAAGGGAGACUGGAGUGGCCAUUUCUAGCUUAUUAGCCGUCCUCAGCCAGUCAUACCCAACCCCGAAGUGUGGAACACCCGAGGCUCGAACUCGCGACCUGUUAGUUAGAAGUCCACGUCUCUAACCACUGGGCCACGAGCCCGUUGCCCUGUCGGUUUCGAUUGGGAAUAUGCAGUGGUAGGGAGUCGCGAGUUCGAGCCUCUGGUGUUCCACACUUCGGGGUUGGGUAUGACUGGCUGACCACGGCUAAUAAUCCAGAAGUGGCCAUUCCGGUCUCCCUUGUCUUUGUCGGUAAUACCAUACUGCCUAUAUCAUGCGUCGCUGUGCGGCUGUUAAUUGGAGUCGAGAGAGAGCUCAAAGGCACAACAGGACGAGUGGGUUCCGGAAGGACGAUCGGUGAGCGCCCCUACCAUCGUAUGCAGUAGUUCUUGAUCGCCAGAUUUCAAUGAAAUGGUAAAUUAAACGGCUAACUGUUUUAACAACCUCCAUUUUGGAACGUCAGUGGAUAGGGCUGUUUGCAACUAAAGCAUUCAAAGUACUUUCAUGAAAGGAAUCUCGGCUGCAGACUAAAUAACGAGGCCAUUGCGGUUUAGUAUCUCUACAAACAUCCUAAAUAUAUGCGAAAGACUAAAAUUUGUUCCGGAUUUUCCGGUUUAUGCAAAUUCAUUUUGCGGAGAUUUGAAGGGUAAAUGAGCGAUUGCGCAGGGGAAACAUGCAACUUAGUUGAAACUACGGAACCAAUUUCAGCAAUACAUCACAGUGAGUAUUGUAAACCCGGCGGCCAGCGUGCCCAAAUGCUUUCCUUUAAAUUUUGAACUGGCUUUUUCAUAAAUUAUCCAGAAGAAAUACAUUUUUGGAUUUCUGAUUGUAGUGAAGUAGGGGGAACAGUUGCAAAGUGACAUUAAGCUGCAACUGUUCAUUCGAGCAUAUGGAAGAUAGAAAGCAAUUUUGCCAACUAUUACAAUGCAAAUGUUCUUUGUUCUUAUAGAUGCAUCGACUAGUACAAGGGACCCAGGAACUAAGAGGCCGAUUGUGAGUUAUUGUCAGAGAAAAUGUGUUUACUUAAAGAAAUAGAGUCACGGCAUCUAAGUAUCAUCAGGCUUUGGUUUAACGUAUGUACAACAGCUGUUGAUCGGCCCAAAUAAGUAUACUGGCCGAAGUAAUGCUUUUUAUGAACAGAAAACGCAUGCACCUCAGGCCCUGAAGGACCAACAACACUUGUCCACCGUUUUUAAAAGCAAAGAAUGAUCAUGAAUAAAAAGGACAUUUUUGACAUAUUUUACCCAAAAUCAUGAAACCUUGCAUACAAACUUGAUUUGCUUUCAUGUCUAGAACGUCUGAUUUGACAAUGUUUACGACCACAAUGGAUGAUGGAUGUCACAAAAUGUUGACCCAAAUUCUGAAAUGCGUUUUUGAUUAGGAAGAAUUACUUAAAUGGGCUUGUAAUACUUAUUAGCGUGCGACAUAAUUCUAUAAUAUUUCGGACUCUGCAGGAUGUCUGCUUUUGAAUAAACUUCUUUUUGAUCUCCUGUAGAAUCCGUACUCGGUAAAAAGUGGCUCCUUAAAUAGCACGAACUUCCCACACUAAUUUUCGAUUUUCUUAUAAAUCAAAAUAUAUUUUGCAAAAACCAGGGGCGAAAAUAUGUUUUUCUCAUUUAUUUGAUAGAGAAUCACGUCCUCCGUAUAUUAUAUAAUCAAAGAAGGGGUAUAACUAUUUUUUUUUCUAAUUAGGAGAUUUUUUAAGAUCGUGCAAUGUCCAUUCAUGAACCAUCGUACCUGUCCGUCUAUCACUGCUUCUCAUAAAAUGUACAACAUAUUCCGCAUCCAUUGCGAAAUUGUAAGGACUCUAUAUUGUAUCUUUUUGAAAUCAUAGAAGAAUGCGUGAUUUUUCUUACGCGGAACGCAUGCACCUUGCGGAUUUUAGUCACUAAGCGCAAAUCCAACGACUGAUUAGGCUCAAAAUUAUUCGGGAAUUAGAAAAACUUUUAAAAACUCAAUCAUACUCCUUCUUCGAGUAUAAAAUAUAAAAAUAAUAUGAUUCUCUAUCCAGAGGGUGAAGGCAAACAUGUUUUGUUCGUUUUUCAAAAAUAUAUCUGAAUUUGUAAGACCACCGAAAAUCAAUGCGAAUGAUGCAUGCUACUUAAGUAGUCAUUCUUUACCGAGUACGGUUUCUACAGGAGAUUGAAAUGGAGUAUGUUCAAAAGCCGACAUCCUGUAGAGUCCGAAAUUUUAUAGGAUUAUACUGCAUGUUAAUCGAUGUUACAACCCCGUCUAAGUAAUUCUUCCUUGUCGAAAACGUAUUUCAGUAUUUUGGCCAACAUUUCAUGAGACCGGUCACUCACUGUAGUUAUUAUGGUUGGAUCGUGCAUCAUUUGAGACCAUAGGUGUCUGAUAUCAUAAACUGCCUUUUCUUCGUUAGUAAAUUAUUUUUGAGGUUGCGUUAACAGCAACAUUACAAAAAGUUAAGUCUUCUUUGCAAGGUAACAAAAACAUAUGCCCUGAGGCAAAAUAACGAGUCAAUCACUAUCUUUUGUUUUGUAGCGCAAUCCCGGUGCUUCGAAAAGUUCGUACGAAGAAGUCCAUACAAGAGCCAAUGAUGAAGAUAGUAAAGAGAAAGCGGCUGAGCUCCACUUCGGUUGGAAUGCAUGCAGAUAG